CUUAACCUGGCUAGCUAGUAUCUAAGCCUGCAACCUAUUUCUACACCAAUCUAACUAUUUCUACAGUAUGCAGAUAGCAGAAUUGCGCAGUUAGCCUUGAAUGGACCACUGUGUAGCAGCUGCUACCGAUGAGGAACCGAAUUCUUUGGACUAGCAAAUCGUCCCAGUAGAAAGCUACGAAUCCCGAUGGUACUAUGGCUCACGGCUUGUGCAGGAGCGUUAGGACCGAGGACCCGUCGAUGAAACUUACGACUCUCGAUAUCGAGGAUCCGACCAACGAUCACGCAGUCCCAUCCGUUGGUCUGUUGUUGAGGAAUAUGCAAGAUAUCUCGUCUAUCAAAGGCUUUGAGGGCGAGUACGUGGACCGCGGCGGCGUUCUUCAUAUCAGCCGCACCCUCGGCGAUGACGAAGUGAACGCAGCCGAGCACGCGAAGACAUCUGGCGGCAUUCCAGUUGAUCUCCGGCUUCACGAGGCCCAGACAACUGUUCGUAUGAUUGCCGAGCGAGUUGGCCAGAUAGACUCGCUCCAUCACGUCGAGGUCGACUCGAAGGAGCUGCCGUUGGCCAGUAACAAGGUCAAA